GGCAGGGGAGGCUUUGAGCUGGACAGCUCCUACAAAGCCCAAUUUUUGACCUUUCUCCUCACCCUCUUCCUCUCUCCUUCUACUACCAAUAACCAACUUUCUUCAGCUUUCAUCGCUUCAUAAUCCUCGAUAGAAUCCCCGGCCCACCCUCAAAUUCUACGGCCGAGGUUUUCUGCUCUAUCCCAAUUUCUUCCUCUUCAAGGUGGGUGCAGACGUCGCCGUCGUCGUGGCUCCGGUGGGUCGCUUUUUAGUUAUAUCACCUAAACAACAAAAAAGGUGUUUGGUUAAGAGGAGUUGGAACUGAGUUUUCCAACCUACUGUGUGUUAAUUAAAAGAAUUGGUGCUUGGUCAUCUACCACCAGGCUUUGAUUGAUAUCAUAAAUUAUCAAGUAGCUUGCUUACGUCCAUUGACUUUCACCGUUACUCUGCCACUAUCUGCAUAAAUAUUGUUUCCGACUUGGACCCUUAACCCUUAGACUCGUCUAGAUUGAGAGAAGAGAGAAAGCUGCUGCGUCUUUUGGCGGGUAAAAGAAAGAGCCCCGACUUUUCCCGGGUCUUUUUUUCCCUUGCCGUGUUCUUACUUUGCUUCUUUCUGGAAGCUGACCAAUUCGGACUACAAGUAAAUAGCCCGCCCGCCAGCUACGUUUUCCUCUUCUGCCUUCUUAUCAGUUGUUUAACAAUUUCCUCAGGAUACAUAAAAUAAGAAACGGCUGAAUUCCAGGGUCAGGUGCAAAACAGGGGAAAAAGGCGAUUGCUUUGAGAAAACAUGGAACCCGAAGAGGUUCACAGAGGUGGACGACAGGAAUUUGCGAACCGGUGCUUGUUGCGGGCCAUGUUCCACACUCGCCGGUCCGAUGACGGAAAGAAGAAGCCUUCCCGCAGGAAACGCGGCCAAGGGAGGCGGCUUGGCAGAUGCUGCGGACAACCGCGGACAACUUCGUUUCACGAUCAGCAGUACGACGACAUGAAUGCGUCGUUUGAAUCGGACCCAGCUGCGCCCUUGCUGGUUGACGGGCAGGGGAGCGCGAAAGCUUCCAAGACCAAAGAGCUGAUGGUUGCUAAGAAGAAGUCUGUAAAACUGCGGUUACUGAGGACUUAUUCACUGAAUCAACAGCUGUGGCAGCAGCACGGCCCUGAUUGGGCAACUAGUCCCAUCAUAAUCAUCCACAAAACCCCCAAAGCUGCUGCUACUUCCCCAAAGUUUCAGGAGGCUCCAAAACCUGCUGCUCGUGAGGAUUUGAGCAAAUACCAGCUCUCCACCGAGAACCAACUUCUGGCGGAGAAGUACAGCAAACUGGUGAGCAGCCAAAGCGGUUCACAGGCUGCACGCGGAGCAAUCUCGAGCCCGGAGGAUCAUCUGAAAGAGUGCCUUGACCUCCUGGACUUGUUCAUGGUCAACAAGAGCCAGUUCCUGGAUAUCAUCAAGAACAAAGAGGCUCAGCUUGGGAAUAGCUUCCUCGCCCGCCAGACUUCCACCAAAAGCUUGAGAUUGAUGAAAUCCGGGUCGUUUCCUGCGGUUGAUUCUUCGUCGUCGUCUUCUCCUCGUGUUCUUACUCCCAGUAUGUUAGAACACAAGCACAUGGAAGUGUGGUCAUCCCCAAAAAGGCCUACUUCCAAGUUUGCAGAUUCAACGGUUGAGAAACCAGAUGGCGAGCAGAAGGUGAUGCCAUUUACUCACAAACGCAAAUGGAUUGUAUCGAUAGUGGGCGGGUUUAAGGGUGUCAAGCAGAGGAUCCUAAAGCGCGUGUUGAACAAGGGCAGAAAGAAGAACAAAAGAGCAUCGACUGGGGAAACAAGGCUAAGGAAUUGGAUUCGUCUUCGUCGUGGUGGUCAUCGCCCGAAGAUGAGUAGCAGCAGGAGACUUAUUAGUCCUGUGAAUGGGGAAAUGUUCCAAGUAAGAAGAACACUGUCUCUGAGCGAAUCAUUGCACAAGUACGCUCCAUUGAUGGAACGCAGUUCAUCCUUUGGUAAUAAUCAGACGACAUGGCAGUACAGAAAGUCACAGAGCUUAAGGUUGAGUAAUGAAGACAAGAGUCAUCAGAAUCGUCUCAAGUAUUCCUUCAGGAGGAGGCUGUCUCUGCCUGAUCUUGAUGCUAUAUUACAGGCAAAGGAGCAAGAUGGUCAGGAUGAGACAAAUCCUUCCAGAAGGAAUUCUCUAGACAGAAAGGAGCUGCUGCCACUGGAUUGUAUCGACGAAAUCGAACCUUCAGAAAGUAGUCAUGUUGCUGUUCAGAUCGACGAGGAGCAAGACGAUGAAGAGAAAAUCUUUGUACAAGUUCAAGAGAUUGCUUCUUCAUUUCCAUCAAGCAAUGAUGACCAGAAGCCAGUUGAAAACAGUAGGCAUCCACUUUCCUUGUCCAAUCCACUUUUUUCUUUUCUUUCCCUAGUACUUAAAUUAAAUAAAUCCUGACAGGUUCAUUCUGCUCUAUUGAUUGUUUCAGUUCCAACAGAAGAAGCAGCAGCAGAAAGUUUCUACAGAAUGGAAGGAGUUCAGCUCAAGCUCAACGAAGACAGCGCGGAUUUCGAUUACAUCAGGGACGUGCUAGAGGUAUCCGGGUUCCUCGACCAGGGUCGCUGCUGCUUCCCAGGAACAUUGUGGUACUCACUAGACCAGCCGUUGAGUCCUUUGGUGUUCGACGAAAUGGAGUCCCUCCUGCAAUCUGUAGAGGGGGGAUCCAUGUCCAGCAGCAUCCAUCGUCGGCUUCUUUUCGAUCUGAUCAACGAGGAGCUGAUUGGGAUCUACGGCAGCUCGUUGACAUACUUCCCCAAGCCUCUGAACGUCGGUCAGGGGAGCCAGCUGAUGCCCAAGGGGAGGCGGGUUCUGGAGGAAGUGUGGAAGAGGAUCGGUGGGCGUCGGUUGCCGGAGAUGGAUCUGUCGCUGUUUGACAUCUUUUCCAGGGACAUGAAGAGAGGCGAUGGGUGGAUGAACAUUCAAUUGGAGAGUGAGGAUGUGACGCUUGAACUGGAAGAUUUGAUUAUGGACCAGCUACUUGAGGAAAUUUUGUGUUGAGCUUGGAGGGAAAAAGAGCACUGUUGAGCUCUGCUGAACGGUACCGCCUGCGCCAGGAAUUUUGUUUCCUUCCUGGGGGUGUUUGUACAUAAAUAAAAUCCAUUCUAUAGUGGCAACUGAUUGUUUAUUUGUUUACGCCACAUUGUUGUAGGCUAGUGUAUGGCUGAACAAAGUGUCGUGAAAUACAAAGAUAGGGGUUUAUGUUUCUAGUCAACAAUUACCAAUCUAUGAUAAACAAAUAGAAAAAAUAAAAAAGAUUGAUUCUCAAUGUUCUCUUUCUAAUUAAUAUAAGAAUCGUUGAUU